AUGACGCAACGUGAGCGGGAAAACCUGGCACCACCUUCGGAAACCUCCAGCGGGUGCCUCAGUGCCAUCAGCGAGGACCCAGCAGGCGAGGGAGAUGGUGCCACGCUAGGCCACAAGGGCCUAUCAGUAGGCCUGGGGGCCAUGUUCCUCAUAGGAGAGAUGGCCGGUGCCGGGGUGCUCAACCUACCCAAGGCGAUAGCUAACACAUGGUGGGUAGGUCUGCCCAUGUUGACGGUGCUGUGUGUUGCUGUGGGUUACUCAGGGACGAGGCUGGCACUGUGCUGGGUGCUAUUGGAGGAGCGCUGGCCCAAGUACAGCACACCCUGCAGGAGACCCUACCCUGUCAUAGCCUACUGUGCUUUCGGCAAGGCUGGCCAAAUAGUCACAGAGAUAUCGCUAGGCUUGACUCUCUUCGGAGCCGGCACAGUGUACCUGCUGUUGAUAUCACAGCUGGUAUAUGACCUGCUGGCGCAGCUGGUGCCUAACAUCUCCCAGUGUGCCUGGUGCCUCAUCAUAGGACUGACACUCAUUCCCUUCACCUGGCUUGCCACCCCCAAGGACUUCUGGCCUGCAUCUAUCGCGGCCAUGUCAUCCACCCUGGUGGCCUGCCUGGUGGUGAUCGUGGAGGUGAUUCUGGAGAGGAACGACCACGAACCACCUGUCUACACCACUCCCUCCUUCCACACCUUCUUCCUGGGCUUCGGAUCUAUCCUGUUCGCUCUGGGAGGCGCCUCUAUCUUCCCAACGGUGCAGAACGACAUGAGGGACAAGGCGCAGUUCCCCCAGAGUAUCGUUAUCACUUUCUUGGUGUUGCUGGCAUUGUACCUGCCGCUAGGCACCAUCUCCUACGGAGUCCUGGGCACCAACGGGAUGAAGGAUAACAUCCUACAGUGCGUCACCGGCACGGCCGUGGUGGUGUCCAAGGCGCUGCUCCUCUGUCACUUCAUCUUCGCCUUCAUUAUUAUCAUCAACCCCGUCAACCAGACCCUGGAGGGACUCCUCAACUUCCCCAACAAGAUGGGCGUACGGAGAUGCCUCAUGCGCGGGGCAGUGAUGCUGGGCAUCAUCUCCACUGGCCUGGCGGUGCCAGAGUUCAGCAAGAUCCUGGACCUGGUGGGUGGAUCAACGGUGACGCUCAUGUCGUUCAUCAUGCCUCCUCUUUGUUACCUCCGCCUCUGCUCCCUCUCCAGGCUUGACGGGCUACCCAUGAGAGUGUUGAGGAGUGGAGAGAAGGUGUUGCUAGUGUUGAUCAUGUUGGUGGGUGUGACUGGCGGUGUUGCAGCGACCUGGAGCGCCUUGCAGGAGAUUCUCAGCCCAGGAGCCUUCACCACCACCUGCUUCUCCAGAACCACCUUCCUGGUUUAAGUGCUCUUUUCCCUCCAGCACCUGUGUCUCCGGCACUUGUGUCUCCAGUACCUGCUCCCCCGACACCUGUGUUUCCAACACCAGUGUCUCCAGCACCUAUAUUUCCAGUACCUACUUCCCCGGCACCUGUCUCCAAUACCAGUGUCUCCAGCACAUGUAUCUCCAGUACCUACUUCCCUGGCAUAUAUAUAUAUAUAU